AAAAUUUGCUCAUCUUCUACCUUGGUCUAUUGAAUUAGAAAAUUGAUCUCUCUCUCUCUACUACUUUCACUUCACUAGGGCGCAGAGCACACUGUUACAGAGAACGGAGUCCUUCAAAGAACAAUUCAUAAAUAGGGAGAUUAGAUUAGAUUAGAGUGAGAAUUGGUAGAGAUGGGAAGUAAAGGUCGAAUCCCACCGGCCCAUCUCCGGCGUCCUCAUCCCGGACCCGACCCGUAUGGGCCUGGUGGGCCGGGCACCCGCCCACCUCCGGGUGCCUAUUCACCCUUUGACAUGUUGCCUCCUCCACAAGUUUUGGAGCAGAAGCUGGCUUCACAGCAUGUGGAGAUGCAGAGGCUGGCAACAGAGAACCAGAGACUGGCUUCGACGCACGGCAGCCUCAGGCAGGAGCUGGCAGGAGCUCAGCAUGAGCUGCAGAUACUGCAUGCUCAGGCCGGAGCUAUGAAGUCGGAGAGGGAUCAGCAGAUGAGGAGCCUGGUGGAUAAGAUUGCGAAAAUGGAGGCUGAGCUGAAAGCGGCGGAGUCUGUUAAGGUGGAGCUGCAGCAGGUGCGUGCUGAAGCGAAUAACUUGGUUGGGGUGAGGCAAGAGAGUAUUGUUAAAGUGCAGCAGUUGAGUCAGGAUCUUCAGAGGGCGCAGGGGGAUGUGCAGCAGAUUCCGGUUUUGGUUCAGCAACUCGAUGGCCUCAGGCAGGAGUAUCAGCAUUGCAGGGCUACUUUUGACUAUGAAAAGAAAUUGUACAAUGACCACCUUGAAUCACUUCAGGUCAUGGAGAAGAACUAUGUUACCAUGGCUAGGGAGGUAGAAAAGCUACGAGCAGAGUUAUUGAAUAAUUCUGGUGCUGAUAGAAGAACUGGUGGGUCUUAUUAUGGGAAUCCUGGAACUAAUGAAAGUGAGGCUUCUGGGCUUGCUGCAGGACAAAAUGCUUAUGAAGAUAGCUAUGGUGUUCCCCAGGGACGUGUCCCCUUCCCUCCUACUGCUGCUGCUGGUGGUCAAAGUGGGCCUGGGGGCAGUGCUGGUGCCGCUUCUGGCGGUGCUGCUGCUGCCACCCCUGCCGGAACUUCUCCGUUUGCUGGAUCUCAAUCUGGACCUCCUGGAAGGACCGGUUAUGAUGCACCAAGAGGGCCUGUUGGUUAUGAUCCCUCUGGAGGAUCUGCUUAUGAUGCACAAAGAACUGGCUAUGAUCCACAAAGAGGAGCUGUAUAUGAUCCACAAAGAGGAGCUGUCUAUGAUGUACAUAGGCCAGGUUAUGAGGUGCAAAGAGGAGCCGGUUAUGAUCCAACCCGGGGUCUUAACUAUGAUGCACAGUCCAGAGGUGCUUCUGGUCCUCAGGGACAUGUGCCUACAAGCAAUAUGCCCUAUGGUUCAGCCACUCCACCUACUGCUCGAGGGGGAACUGGGUAUGAGGCACCGCCACCUCGAGGAGGUGCAAACCCAGUUCGUAGAUGAAGCCCAGGCAUUGCCUUUGUGCCAGUGAAAUUCACUAAGAAAUAGUGUAAUUUUUAGGAUAUCCGAAAUUUCUCAAAUUUUCCUCUGAAAUUCAAGUCUUCCGGCCUCCGCUGCCUUAAAUAACACAUCUAUCGGCUAUUUCUGUUUCAAAUAUCAGAAUGGGCAGAGUUGUAGCAGGCUUGUGGCAAAAAGCAUUGUAAAGAGGGCACUGUGAACAUAUUAGACCUUUUUUCCUCAUCUCAUUUGGAAAUUAUAUUACAAAGAAAAAGUUGAUUGUACAAUACUAUGUACUUUAUAAAUGGUUGAUAGAAUUUUCUCAUU